UCUUCCAGUGGCCACGUUAUUCCGAUGGUCGCUCCCAAAUCUCGCGGUCGCUACUGGAGACAACACUUCGACGGGAGAACGGAAAGGAUGUUAGAAAAAAAGUGAUGACAUAUCGAUAAUCGCUUCCCGCCUUGCUCCGUUUCAGUGCCGAGACAGUGGCAGUGCCUCAAUGGGUGAUCAAUGAGGACCACAGUGGCUGGGGAGUGUGCUUACUUCUUACCGCAUGGGAUAUUGAAGCCUUCGAUGAGUACGAAUGACACAUGGUCUUGAACCAGCAGGUAUUGCGCAAACAACCCCCUUUCCCUCCCUCUCUCCCUCCCUCCCUCCACCCAUUUUACAUCCGUAACGCCUAAGGAGUUAGCUACACGUACGAAGUGUAAGUUUUCGACUACUUGUGUUGUGGAGCGCUGACUUGUGACUCCUUUACGGACCCUGUUAACACCUCAUGGUGCGGCGUGAUCGAUAUCUUGUUGUCAUGGAAAUAUCAAACAAUGGCUACGAACAGGGAAGUGCUGCUCAGGAAACUCACAGGAUUACUUAAGAGGAUCACCGACGCAGACGACGACUACACGGUGACAGCAGACCAACGCGCAGCGCUCAUGGAGCUGGAGUCGCUUACCUGGAACUACCCAACGCCUCAACAGGCACGGGGGUGCACCUCAUCUCUCUCCCACGGCACCAGUGAUGUCACAGAUGAAUCCGACGACGACGAUGAUGAUGAAUCGUACUAUGUGGACCUUGUUCCAUAUGACAUGACGGAACGGCUGAAGGAGGUGAACAGAGCGCUAAUUGAGGAUCCGACGCCCGCUGAGUGUGACCGAACUAUUACCAUUCGCUUCAGAGAGGUAAUCGCUGACUACCAUUCUCCGAGGGAUGACUUUCCUUCAGAUUCUGAUGAUGGCUACGGGGACUCUUCAGACAUUCUGUACGAUGCUGAGGAUGAUGACGGAGGAGAAGGCAUCACCUCCCUUACUUCUGAGAUCAAAGCGGUCCUUGGAGGAAACUUUAACGUCGUCGACCAGACGGCGUCCUUUAUCGAGGAGAAUGAGAGUCUGAACAUCGCCCCAGAAGGUCAUGCAAAACUACUUGAUGUUCCUAAGCUUCAGCUAAACGGCCAGCAGGAUGACAUCCAUGCUUUCGCAGACGAGAACCUUCCUGAACUCGUGGAAACCAGCUAUGUCCCAGAUGAGAAGCAUUUCCCAAUGAAUGCAUCCUGUCAAGAAUUCCCAGUCAGAGGCAUCAAGAGUCCAGAAAAUGAAGAAAGUCUUCCCGAGGAAUCCUAUGAUACCAAAACAGAAGACAAAGAACAGGUAGUUGAGCAAAUUGAUGUAGUUAAUGAAGGCAGUGUGUCCGUUGUGGAAGUAAGUGAGAAAGUUCACUUAGAGAAAGAGCCCAGGAGCUUCGGUGACAUUAAAGCACAUGAAGAAACAACCACUAUUUCACCAGUAAGUUUAUUCCCAGCAGACAACUGCAGUGAUGCUUUAGACUCCAUUAGCUUUAACCCUCCACCAAAAAGUGAUUUAGACUUUGCUUCUUUUGAUUACAGUGAUGAUUUUGAAGACUUUCAAGAAGAAUCGGAGGAUACAGGUAAAGAAAAGAGCCAAAUGGAGGAGUUAAUACUUCUGUCCUCCCCAAACAAAGAGUGUCCACCAAAGAUAAUGCCUGAUCCCCUUUCUGAGCCUAUCUUCACUACAGAGACAGUAGCUAUUAUGGAAGGGCUCUCGUCCUCACAAAAUACACAAAAACCAGCAAGCCUUAGAAGCAAACGAGAACCAGUUUUCCACAAAGUUCAGAGUCCCUCUAUCGAAAGGAAGAAAAAAAAAUCUAUUGAAUUAACUAAACCUAUAUCAAGUGAUACAGUUCGCACUAAGACCAAACAUACAGGUGCUAGCACGCCCGUGAUCAAACCAGCUCUCCUCUCAUCUGACAAACUUAACACCAUCAAAAACAACGAAUCCGGCCGCCAUAGGAACAGAAUAUCGACGUCCUCUUCUUCCGCUUCGUCUUCUUCCUUGUCAUCCGCAUCGUCUUCCGCGUCGUCUUCGUCGUCAUCUUCAGCAUCUUCGUACUCGAUUUCCAGAGCACGAGGCCGCAGUCGAACGUCCAUCAGUGGUCCUGUACGUCCCACAGCUCACCGUUCCUCUGACAAUGCGGGUAAAAGAUCUAACAUUGAUAGUAGCAGUGGCGGCGGCAGUCCAGCUCGACCACCCACCUCCGGUCCCCACAACAGUCUUGCUGUCGCGUCUUCAGGCCCAGCUAGGGGAAAUAGACUAUCACCUCCGGCUCGUGUGAGGAAAGCGGCUAGUGCCUCAGAUCUUCACAACAGGAUGACGGAGGAAGUAGACGAUAGAAGACAACAAAACGACAAAGUGUUCCAGGCUUGGCUUCGCCAGAAGAACAAACAAGCAGCGCAGAAUAAAAAGCAGCAACAGAAGCCAACUGGGAAGAGGACUGCGGCAGAAAUAGCGGAACGCCGCGCGCAGGCCGAGGAAGCUUUCCAGGUGUGGCUGUCAAGGAAGAGGGACCAGUUGCGCCUUGAGAAAAAGCUGCGCGGUGAGCGACGGCGCCUCGAGGACCAAAGUCGCUAUGCUCGAACCAAAAACGAGUGUGAAGUAGCAUAUAAGGAGUGGUGUCGUCGCAAGCGUGAAGAGGUGCGGACCACAACUCGUUCAGGCGGUGCCGUGCCCCGCUCACAGUCUCUAGAGCGGCCCUGGAUGCAGGAAAAGACCCGGAAACUGUACUCAGCUUACCUCAACAACCGCUAGAUCCCUGUUGGCUGCCAACAGAAACUGACUUCUCAGCAACCGUAAAAAAAAAAAGAGAGAGAGAGAGAGAGAGAGAGAGAGAGAGAGAGAGAGAGAGAGAGAGAGAG